AUGCAUUUGGUGCAGCUCAGCCCCGACUCACGGACCACACAGCCUCUUCAGAGGUCCCCAGUGUACAUGUACAACCACCAACAUUUCAAAUCGAAUCGCAGCAGCAAGGCACUCAACAUGUUUACAGCAAAGAAUCCUUUCGAGGACAUUGUGCUCAAGGCCACUUCCGACGAGCUCACCUCGGAAAAUUGGGAGCUCAACCUCGAGGUCUGCGACAAGGUCUCGUCAGGUGGAGAAUCAGCCGCCCGCAAUUGCAUCGCCGCCAUUCAAAAGCGCCUCGUGCAUCGCAACGCCAACGUCCAGCUCUAUGCACUCACCCUCGCCGACGCCGUUGCCAAAAAUUGCGGUCUCACCGCUCAUCAGGAGCUUGCCAGCCGAUCCUUCACCCAGACUCUCGCCCGCAUCUGCCUCGACCGCAACACGCAUGCUACCGUCAAGAAAAGAUGCUCGGCUCUCGUCAAGGAGUGGGCCGGAGAGUUUGACGAUCAAAGCCUCGGUCUCAUGAAGGAAACCUAUGAGUCGCUCAAGUCACAAGACGCAGUCGUGGACGAAGACGCCCCAGUCGAUCCACCCCGAGAACCCACUUCUGAGCAACUCCGAGCCGAGGACGAAGAAUUGAGGAGAGCGCUCGAGCUUUCAAUCCAGGACCAAGGCGGACGCAACGCCUGGAACUCCUACCAAUCACAGCAGGCCGAAGCAUCCGGUUCCUCUGCCCCAGCACCAGCCUUGACCACCUCCUACUCACAGCAGCCAUCGUCGCACAAUGCACCCGUCCAGCAACAGCACGCACCGCCUCAACAGAAUGGCACCGCUUCCGCAUCUAGUGUGCAACCCACUUCGGCAGCCCCGGUACCAGCUGUUGCGUCUCGAGUCCGAGCUCUGUACGAUUUUUCGCCGACAGAGCCAGGUGAGCUUGCAUUUUCUCGAGGAGAGAUCAUUCGGGUCCUCGACAGCGUCUACGAGCACUGGUGGAGAGGCGAAGUUAGGGGAGAGGCAGGUAUCUUUCCCGUCAACUACGUCGAGGUGCUUCCCGACCCCACUCCCGAUGAACUUCAGAGAGAAGCAGAGAUGGAGGCUCGCAUCUUCUCUCAAGCUGCCGACAUCGACAGGCUGCUUACCAAACUUCGCGGUCUUGAUCCUGCAAGGGACAAUCUUGCCGACGACGAAGAGUUGCAAGACUUGUAUCAAAAGUCCCUCGCCAUGCGACCAAAGAUCGUCAAGCUCAUCGACCGCUACAGCAACAAGAUCACCGAGCUCAAGGCCAUGAAUGACAAGUUCGUACACGCUCGCGGUUCAUUUGACGAAAUGAUGGAGCAGAGUCUUUCUCGCUACAACCCCGGCGGCCAGUCCAGUCAAGAAUAUCUUCGCCCUCGACCCGAACUCACCCAGCAGGUCUCCGCUUCGUCGGCCGAUUACGCCCAGCAGUCUGCCUAUGCAUACCCCAAUGCGCACGCCCCACCCGUCCACCAAGGCGCGUCCGGCUCACUUUCGCACGAUCAAAGCCAAUACCCAUACAAUCAACAGCAGCAACAUCAUACAUAUCCUCAGGAUGCUGCUUCCACAGCCGCUGACCCGGGCUAUGGAGAGAGCAGUCGCAUCCCCUCCGGCACGCAGCCAACCCAGCAGCCGUCUAUGGGCUACCAGCAGCCGUCUGUGGAUCAACAGUACAAUCCGACCCCCCACGACGAUGAGAAGCGCAGGCUCUUCGAGCGAGCCAGGGCCGAGAGUGAAGCCUAUCAACAACAGCAUUUCCAACACCAGGGUCAUCCUUCCUCUAGCGGGUACAGUGGAGCGUAUCCAUCCCAGCCCGACGCUUCGGCUCUGAACCAGCAGAUGGGCAACAUGAACAUCGGCGGCUCCAGCAAUUAUCCUUCUCAUCCCGUCGGUCAUUGA